AUGCCGCCAAAACAAAGAAAAAUAGCUAUCAUGGGAUACAGAUCUGUUGGUAAAUCAUCGCUGAGUAUACAAUUUGUUGAAGGACAAUUUGUUGAUUCUUAUGAUCCAACUAUUGAAAACACAUUCACUAAAAAUACACGAGUAAAUAGUCAAGAUUAUGAAGUAAAAUUAGUUGAUACAGCUGGUCAAGAUGAGUACAGUAUAUUUCCAACGCAAUAUUCCAUGGACAUUCACGGAUACGUGUUAGUUUACAGUAUAACGAGUGCUAAGAGUUUUGAAGUCGUACAGAUAAUUUACGAUAAAUUGCUAGACAUUACAGGAAAAAAUCAUGUUCCAAUUGUUCUGGUUGGAAACAAAACGGAUUUAUACGUGGACCGAAUGGUGACCACCGAGCAAGGAAAAAAGUUAGCCGAUUCAUGGCAGGCUGUUUUUUUGGAAACUAGCGCCAAACAAAAUGAAUCUGUUGCCGACAUAUUUCAUACAUUGCUAAUGGAAAUUGAGAAGGCCGACGGCAAUGUUCAAGAAAAAUCAAAUUGUUUAAUAUCAUAA